AUGACUGAGUAUGAUCAUUUCUGUCAAAAAGGUUGGUUUACUAUAAGAAGAUCUUGCAAAUUCUGGUGCGGAGUGUGGAGUGAUAUGAUUAAAGAGAAAAUGCCCCGUAAGCAUAAAAGAUUACUUGGCAGCAGAAGUUACGCUGAUUACCCUCCAGCAAAUUUAGAAAGAGCCAUUGAACGGGUAGUUGAAGGUACACUAUCUAUUAGAGAAGCAUCAAGACAAUAUAAAAUUCCCUUUGGUACCCUGUAUAACAGAUAUAAAGGAAAACAUAUUGGCACCCCCGGACGUCCUACUAUUUUCACCAAAGGAGAGGAGGUAGCAAUUUUAAAAGCAGCCGCUAAAUGUGCUGACUGGGGCUUUCCUUUAUCUAUUCAGGACCUACGAAUGAUGGCAAAAUGGUAUUUGGAUCAACAAGGAAAAAACGUGGCUAUAUUUCAAAAUAAUCUGCCUGGUAUUGACUGGGCAUACAGCCUACUUAAUAGGCAUAAGGAUUCGUUUGGGCAACGACUAGCAACAAAUAUUAAACAUGCUAGAGCUGCUGUUUCAAGAGUUACACUAGAAGAGUUUUAUAAUAACUUGGAGCCAGUAAUUAAAGAUUUACCCAGUUCCAACAUUUUCAACUAUGACGAAUCUAAUUUGUCAGACGAUCCAGGGAAAAAACGUUGCAUAUACAAAAGAGGCAUUAAGUACCCCGAAAAAGUGAUGAAUCACUCCAAAAGUUGUACCACUAUUAUGGUAUGUGCUGCUGCAGAUGGAACUCUUCUCCCUCCCUACGUCAUUUAUAAAAGCAUUCACCUGUAUGAUACGUGGAAGGAAAAUGGACCGCGUGGUUUACCUUGCUGCGAUAAACCAUGCUGCAACCAAGGGACGAGGUAUAAUCGUACUCAAAGUGGAUGGAUAGAUGGCGUAACUUUUAGAAACUGGUUCACAACUUGCUUUUUAUCCCAUGCACGACGUUUAGAAGGAAGAAAAGCUUUGAUAGGAGAUAAUUUGUCGUCACACCUGGAUGAUGAAGUUCUUAAGAUGUGUGCUGAACAUGAAAUUGACUUCAUAUGCUUAGUUCCAAAUUCUACCCAUUUGUGCCAACCACUGGACGUGGGCUUUUUCAGGCCAAUGAAACAGGCUUGGAGGACGACGUUAACGGAUUGGAAAUUACAAAAUUUGUGA